AUGGAAAAGGCACAACAAAAAGCAGAAAUUAUGAAAACCAAGAAGGCUGAGAAAAAAAGCAGCGAGAAGUCCGACGGGAGCAAUCCUUUAGUGAAGUCAAAGAGUGAGCCCCAGAUGCGAGCUGUCGUUCAACCAAAUCCACUCCAACCUUUGUCAAGAAACAGGCCGUUCAGCAUGACUGCUCUGGUUACUCCAAAAGACUUGAGUCAGAACGACAAGAGAGUCAUUACUGAAUUGUAUUACAUCGAUGCAAAGAGAAAUUAUCUUGUUCUGAAAAGUGAGGUGGAGCAUCUGAAACGCAAAAAGAAAGUGCUUGACAAAGAAAUUGACCCAACGUACUUUGCUGAGAAGGAGCGCAUCAACAAUGCGCUCUAUAACAAGAUACGCGAACGUGACAGUAUGAAAGUGGAGUUCAAGUUGAAAAAGAAAGAAAAGAAGAACGGACGUGUGCGGAUUUUGUAA